GCCAAGUCGUCACGAACGAACGGCUAAGCGGCUAAGCCACGUACGCUGUCCACGUCUAGGCUGGCCGCUGCAUGAAAGAUCGAAGGAUCUGAAGCCAUGCGGCAGUUCAUAUCGCUGGUUUCAUGACAACUUCAAGUUGUGCGGCUUGCACGUGGCGUGGCGAGAGCGCCUGGGUCUGAAUGGACAAUGCGCCACAUCAUCGAUCAUGCACCGCAUCGCAUUUACGCAUCGUGAUACGGCCUGAUCAUAUGUUGCACGGCCGCACUCUUGCUUUCGCGCUGUACACCACCAUGGCUUUCUGCGCUGCUGAAUUUGACGGCAACACAACCGAGCGGGAGCUUGGCGGCUGCGGUCAGAGUUGUCCGCCUCCGACAUCGAGAUCAGCAGCAGUCACCUGCUGUUGGAAUCGGGCGUACUGCCCCUCAUCUUACUCGCACAAGCGCGAUCUCAUCUCUGAACGCCGUGCUUCCGGGCCUGGGCGAGGGCAACACCUCCCCGUUCGUCUUCUUCACAGUGUCGGAUGUUGCCGAGCCGCUCAAGCUGCUGGCUGGAAACGUUCAUUCCGUAACGUUAGACUGCUGUCGGUACAUCGUAGCUUGACUCCAUAUCGCACUCUGCUCGACCCGAUCCAGGCGAUGGUUGCCGUGUGGCGAAUAUGAAUGUAGUAACGGAAAGGUCCUAUCAAAAGUUACAUUCGCCAGGCGCCUACUUUGUGAGGCAGUUACCACUGCAUGCAACGUUGGAAUUACAGUAUCGCGCACCGACAACCACGGGACUCCUGGCUGUGCUGCAUGGUAGUUACCGUACUGGAAACGGGCAACGUCUUGCGCCCUGAAGCCGACAUACUCCGCCGUUACACAGGCGAACUUGCGAGACCUGGUCACUAUUUUCUGCACCAUUUUUGCGAACGCCGUUGUCAUAACCCCACG